AAGGUUGCCAUGGAGAGGAGAUAAAGGGAAGUCAGACUUUUUGGGGCUCCCGUAUAUAAGCUAAAUAAAUGCCAAAAAGGGACAAUAAACCAGGUAUUAAACUGCCAAAAAAAGACAGCAAUCGGAGAAUCACAAGAUUCUUCCUAAAACAACACGCUUCGGCCGUUUCAGAGACAAAAAACAAAGAAGAAAAUAAUUUGGAAUCGGUUGACAAUGUAAACAAAGGACAAUCAAAUAUGGCGUCGGCAAAUCCAGUCGCUGAAAAAACUAACAUAGCAGAAUCUUCAAGAAAUACGCUUGUUAAAGAACUUUUAGAAGCUCUCAGGCCUGAACUUAAUGAAAUAAAAACACUACAAGCCAAUUUGGAAGGUAGUUUCGGAGAGCUAUCGACGAAAAUGGAAGAAAAGAUCGAAAAAAUCAACAACGAUUUUUCGGAUUUGAAAGAAAAAAUGGAGAAAAGACCGGAAUUGAUAGGCGGAAUGCGCGAACUACAGAUAAAAAACAUUGAAGUGAACAUGUCUCUCAGAAGAAACAAUGUCAUUAUUUAUGAUCUUCCAGAGGAAAGGACGGAAAUUCCCAUCAAAGCGGCAGAAACUGAGUUAACAAAACUCUGUCCCGUCCGGGUGCUGAAUGCGUACAGAAUCGGACGCUUAGAACAACAACAAAUUAAAACUAAAGCUAGACCAUUGAUAGUACAACUUGCAGAUGCACCAACGGCUGAACAAAUCAGAUCAAAGGCGUGGGUUAAAAAACCACCUAUAAACAGUAAAAUCGGUGAAGACCUGCCGGAAGAAGCACGCAAUAUAAAAAGUCAAGCCUUCAAAACGUAUAUUAAACCUGCAAAAGAGGGCCAGAAAAAGUACAGAUGGGCAGGCUUGCAUUUAUGGAUCGACGGAAAGAAAGUAAACCUGGAUGCCAUCUACACAGAAGCGCUAAGCAAGACCAGAAACAGGGAUGAAAAGCAGCCCAGGGCCACACUCAAAGACGAUUAAGAGACAACAACCCUGAGAAAAUGUUUUACCGUCAGACAAAAAUACAGUAUCAAAACCCGUUAAUUUCCACACUAAAUAACUCCCCUCAUAAGCCAACCGAAACUUAUAUUACGCUAAUAUUAUCAGUUUUAUCGAGAAAGUAAAUUAAGAUAUUUUCUCUUCACAAAAAUAGAGGACGAAGGGGUUGAAAACAUGAAACAAAAACAAGGAAGUAAAGCUUUCCAAGGUAAAAACACACAUAUUUGUUUAUCAAUAAAGCCGUUACUAGGUAAUCGAUACGCUGCGCGCGCAUAACGCUGGCUCAACCAAUCAAAAUGAAUUACCUUCCUCAAUGACGUCAGCGGAAAAGAAAAAUUCAAAAAUCAUAAUAAUUUCAGCAAUUUCUCAACUUUACAACCUAAUCAUAAGAAGUUUCCGAUAAUAACACGCGAGAGGCCGGCUUUACCUAGCGCUUCAUGUAUUCAACCCCCAGUCCUAGACAAUACAAAGAGGGAUAAACACUGACAAUUUCAAGGUAAAAUUAUCUUCGCUUUUUCAAAAAACAGUUUCCCUUUUUAGGUCACUGUGACUGUAGGCUAGAUCAAUUUUUUAUUUAUUUUUAGGCAAAUAGUAUCGGAGUUAAUGUCAACCACAGCCUAUAGCACAAUCAAUGUCUAAAUAGCAAACCUCAACUCCGUUUCAAUCGCACAAGAAAAUAAUUUUCAAGGAGUACCCUGGAAGUCUCAAUCCCACAUGAUGGAAAAUUGACCGAUUAACUUUUCAGGUUGAUUUGUCAAUUUCUCCUCAAUCUUCUCAUUCUUUGCAACUUUCGUAUUUCUAUCUUUUUUACAAAA